GGGGAAGAGACAAGAUGGCGGCGGCGGAGUUUUGAGGCGGAGGGGGGAGUUCGGGAGCGUCUAUCACCGGGAUAAUGGCCGUAGCAGAGCACACGGGAGGAACCGGAGGAGCCCGGAGCUGCUGAGCCGCCAGGAAACAUGGAUGAGCAUCUCGUAGGAGACCCUGGAAUUUGGAAUUACACGGCGAUGUGGGAUAAUACUUUGGACAGCGGUCAGGCAGAAUGUCUGAGUGACUGACGAUAUGGGUGUGAAUGCAUCAAGCUACCCCCACUCGUGUUCCCCGAGGGUAGGGGGAAACUCGCAGACGCAGCAGACGUUUAUAGGAACAUCCUCCUACUCUCACCAAGGUUUCGGCUAUGACUCCAAGUUAUACAGCCUUGAACAUGGCCACGAAAAACCACAAGACAAGAAAAAGAAAACCUCCGGCCUCGCCACGCUCAAAAAGAAAUUCAUCAAGCGGCGGAAGUCGAGCAGGUCGGUGGAUCACGCCAAGCAGAUGAGAGAACUGCUGUCCGGCUGGGAUGUCCGAGACGUAAAUGCUCUCGUGGAGGAAUAUGAGGGGACUGCGGCCUUAAAGGAGCUCUCUUUGCAGGCCAACGUAGCACGUCCAGAGGCAAGGACUUUACAGAAAGAUAUGGCCGACCUUUAUGAAUACAAGUACUGUACAGAUGUGGAUCUGAUAUUCCAGGAGACGUGCUUUCCGGUGCACCGUGCCAUAUUGGCAGCAAGGUGUCCUUUCUUCAAGAAGCUGCUCUCGUCGUCUCCGGAGUAUGGGGCGGAAAUUAUCAUGGACAUCAAUACCGCAGGUAUCGAUAUGCCUAUGUUCUCCGCCUUGCUGCAUUACCUGUACACGGGGGAGUUUGGCAUUGAGGACUCCAGGUUCCAGAACGUGGAAAUCCUUUUGCAACUCAGUGAGGAAUUCGGUACACCCAACUCGUUGGACAUGGACUUGCGUGGGCUCUUUGACUACAUGUGCUACUACGACGCGGUGCUUAGCUUUUCUUCUGACUCCGAGCUGGUGGAGCAGUACGGAGCUCAGAGCUGCUUGGAGGAGGAGCUCCGGGCCCACAAAGCGAUCCUCUCCGCGCGUUCUCCGUUCUUCCGCAACCUGCUGCAAAGGCGAAUACGGACUGGGGAGGAGAUCACGGACCGGACAUUAAGGACUCCAACCCGAAUCAUUCUAGAUGAAUCCAUAAUACCAAAAAAAUAUGCGAAAGUCAUUUUACAUUGCAUGUACACGGAUGUCGUGGAUCUGUCUUAUGUCUUGCACUGUAGCCCAUCUAUCGGGAGUCUGAGCGAAGUGCAGGCUCUAGUAGCAGGAAAGCCAAACAUGACCCGGGCAGAAGAAGCAAUGGAGCUCUACCACAUAGCACUAUUCCUGGAGUGUAAUAUGCUUGCACAAGGCUGCGAGGAUAUCAUUGCAGAGAGCAUCUCUCUAGACACCUUAAUCGCCAUCUUGAAAUGGAGCUCACAGCCCUAUGGGUCCAAAUGGGUGUACCGCCAAGCUUUGCACUUUCUGUGUGAGGAGUUCAGCCAGGUCAUGAUUUCAGACGUCUUCUAUGAGCUCAUUAAGGACCAUCUGCUGAGCGUCAUCCAGUCCGACUAUCUGCAGGCAAGUGAGCAGGAUAUAUUGAAAUAUAUCAUCAAGUGGGGAGAAUAUCAGCUAAUGAAGAGGAUAGCCGACCGAGAGCCGAAUCUGCUCAGUGGCACAGCACAUAGUGUGAACAAACGAGGCGUAAAACGCAGGGACCUGGAUGUGGAGGAGCUGAGGGAGAUACUGUCUCCUCUGCUGCCUUUUGUCCGCAUCGAACAUAUCUUGCCCAUGAACAGUGAUGUUUUGAGCGACCCCAUGAAGAGGGGUCUGAUCAGCACUCCUCCUGCAGAUAUGUUGCCAAUGUCUGAGAGUGGGAAGUCAAACUCUUGGUUGCGCCAAAAAAACGCUGGGAUCUAUGUCAGGCCUAGACUGUUCUCACCAUAUGUGGAGGAAGCCAAGUCUGUGCUGGAUGAAAUGAUGGUGGAGCAGACAGAUCUGGUUCGUUUAAGGAUGGUUCGAAUGUCCAAUGUUCCAGACACGUUGUACAUGGUGAACAACGCCGUGCCCCAGUGUUGUCACAUGAUCAACCACCAGCAAAUGAACAGCAGCCAGACGAGCCCUCCCACCGUUGUAGCAAAUGAAAUACCAGUUCCUCCCCUUGGCGUGGUGAAGGAGAUGAUUCGUCGCCUGCAGGAACUUCGCCACACAGAGCAAGUUCAGCGUGCGUACGCCUUAAACUGCGGAGAAGGUGCUACAGUCAGCUAUGAGAUCCAGAUCCGAGUCUUGAGAGAGUUUGGGCUGUCUGCUUCUGCAGCUGAGCUGUUACAGAAUCCUCACAAAUUCUUCCCAGAUGAAAGGUUUGGUGAUGAGAGCCCUCUUCUGACCCUACGCCAGCCUGGGAGAUGUAGGAUAAACAGCACCCCUGCUACGGAAACCAUGUUUACUGACAUAGACUCUUACGUGGCCUUCCAUCCUCCGUUGCCCCCUCCACCUCCCCCUUACCACCCACCAGCUACACCCAUUCACAAUCAAUUCAAGGUGGGCUGGAAGCACAGAGUGCCUAGCCAACACCCCUCUCGCUCCUUCUCUUAUCCCUGCAACCAUACAGUGUUCCACUCUAGAACCAUUCCUAAAGCUACACCGCCUUCCUACCUUCCUGGUGUCAAAACUGUACCCCCUGAUUGCACUAACAAUACCGGCCUUGGAAGACAGACUGUAGCAGCGGCUGCAGCAGCCGCCCUGGCAGCGGAACAGCAAGCGUGCGGUGAACCGGUUCUAAAUGAGUUCAUGCCGGACAUAGCAAUGGGAGUCUCCUCAAUGUCACUGAAGGACCGGAGACUGCCGGAAUUAACCAUCGACACGCAGCUGAGCCAGCAAGUAUCUGACAUGAUGCCGCUUCACCCCCCGCACCAUGCAUGCAUCCCCAGCCGACAUAUGCACAGUUCAAGGAAGAAACAAACUAUAGAACAGAAAAUGGAUUCCCGUGAAAGCCAACCAGAGUACCCAGAGUUUUAUGACUUUUCCAACUCUGCCUGCCGCCCGUCCACGCCGGUGCCCAGCAGACACUCCCCUUUGGCCUCGCAGGGCAUUUAUUUUGGCCCCGAUUUGUACAGUCACAGCAAACCACCCCCAAGCGGGUUAAAGCCCUCCUAUCUCUCCAACCAGAUGUCUCCGAAGAACCCAGAUGACUCAAGGAGAGAUUACCUGUUCUCCCUGGACAGUCACCCUCACAGGCAAAAGAAUGAACCAUUACACCUCGAUGUCUUAGAACAGCCUCCUCAAAGACUCGACCUCGCCCUCGCCGCCCAAGAGGGCACCAGCCACGGUUCUCACCAUGGCAGGGGACGUACGAAAAUGGAAUCCGACUUGACUUACGGCCUGACCUCUAGCAGACCCUCACACUCUGCCUACAGCUCCGACCGGCAGGACGAGCGGGUGUUUAGGAGGAUACCCGACAGCGACCAGAGGAACGCCGACCUGGAGCGCGAGGAUACCGUGGGCAGGGAGCGACGAUCUCCUAAUAAGCCUGACUUUCUGUACAAGAAAUCCGCUCUAUGAGGAAAACAAAAACAAAAAAUAUAUGAAAUAACCUCUCGACAUAAUCUCUGUGCCUAAAACUUGUGGAGUACACCUAACACGGAUUUAUUCUGAGCGGUGUCAAUCUAUGCUUUACCGGAACCAUAACCCAGCCUGCGUUAUUUUCUGUCAUGCGUCACAGCGGCAGCAUGCUUCCCGUAUCCGGCAUGGUGGCUUCUUUAUACAUAAUGGAUGUUUGAAUUUUUUUUAUAUAUAUAUUUUUUUUUUUAUUCUUUAGCUGGCACCUUGAUUUUCCUAACAUUUUAUUUGCGGUCUAAUUUUGCACCUAAAACGUUUGCCUCUAAUGAUUUUCAGCAUGUGGGUUACUUAUGGGAACAGCGUAUUUGUAAUAUUUUUUUGGCUUGCGUUGACCUCAUGGGUUUCAAUUUUCUAACGGGACAAAACAAAAAGUGUUAAUUUUGUAAUCAUGAAAUGAUCCAAAGAAGCACACCAUAGGAUUCUGUGUCCUCGCACCGAGGUUACAUCACGUUCUGACGUCUUCCUGAUCUCUUUGGCGUCUGAAUUCCGUCCUGACCCAUGGUGACGCCACCCCCUCACACUCGCAUCCUGUGUCCUCACACACGGGCAACCUUUAUGCAGAAAGUAAAUCCUACUGUGAUACAUUUAAUAACCUGGCGGAAUAGCGGAGCUGAAGCUGUUGUUUGAUUCUCUGUGACAUUGGGAAUUUUGUACGUGGUGAACUGUUCAUGACCUUGCGAUUUAAUUUGGGGCGUUUUACGUGAUAACGUACUAAAUUAUAUUAAAGGGGUUGGCGCACCCCUUUUUGCAGCCCACUAUCUGACGUAAGUGUCCCCGAAAGGGAGUUGUCCACAGAGUACAACACCAUAGACUCUGAUAGUUACCUCAAUGCGUUAACAAUGCAGCUUCAAAAUCCCAACUUCAAAGGACAAUUUCAGCUCUGCUACAUUUGUACGGCACUUCAUCCUAACCAAUAGGAUGCAGGUUUUAGUCACUGUAAAGGCCUGUGAUUGCAGAGGCCAUAGAUAUUGUGCAAUUUACAAUAUUUGCUUUACAUUUAUUUUAUUUUUUUGCUGAAACCCGAUGGAUUGGUUUAUUACAUAGCAGGGCCAAGUCGGUGGCCACAGUUCUAUAGCUGAAUCUUCUUCGGUCAUUGGCUUUCCUACAAGGUUCAGCCAUGCUUUUUGCUUCCACGGAUGAACAUUCUGAAAUUUGUAAAGGGUUUAGUGAUUUACCUUGUCGCAGGCUUAUGUAAUGUGGCUCCUCGGGGGUGGGGUUUCUAGCAGAGAGCUGUCGGUUUGUUACACAUGGUAUGUAUGAACCAGUGACAGGCGGUACAAUUCCGUUCGUUCUUUGCACAGACUUGCCUUUUGGUUCAGGUAGAGUUUGCGAGCAGCGGGUCAAACUGUGUGUCUGGGUUGGCUUAUUUGUGAUGGCUGGUGAGAUUGGGCAGGUUGCCUUCUGCAAAGGUAGUGCAGGUAGACCUGAGCGUCCAAGCGCUGGUGCUGUAUGGGGGGUCGUCCAAUCUAGACUGGAUACAAUUGUGGCAAACACUCAGCUGUGACAAGUCCUAGACCUGUAAGGGCGUUCACCUUCUGAAUGCAGAACAAAAUAUAAAUGUUCCGGAGUCUUAAAGGGGUUGUCCCAUUACUACAACUUAUUCCCUAUCCAUAGAAUAGGAGAUAAGUGUCUGAUUUGCGGGGGUGGCAGUGGCAGUCUGCAUCUCCAUUCAAACAGAAGAACACAUGCCUCCAGCCCCCCCCCCCCCAGUCUAAAUUGCGAACUGCGAGAAGGUUUCGUUUGUCCCGAUAUAACGCUUACGCUGCCGGCGUCUCUUCGCUGGAUUUCCAAGAGGCCCAGGUUCACACGGGGAUAUUUAGAAGCACAUUUAUUGUACUGGAUGUCUCCAGAACCAUCUAUUAUUACCGCGGUCUGUACAUUACAUGGACGUCCUUUCAGUAAAUGCUCCUGCUAUUGCUUACAGUUAAGUCCCAGCAACUAAAAUAAAUGUUAUAGGGGGGAAAGGGGUCUCAUCCCGCCACAUGCAACUGACUGGUCACUGGCGAACCUUCCAAUGAAAUGGAACCAUCUAAAGUGAGAGAACCUUUAAAUACACAGUCCAGUCCCAAUAUUCUGAGCACCAGCGAAUAUCAGAGUAACCCCCGUGUGCAGCACGGACAGCAGCUAAGGGGUCCGGGGUGACUCCAUAAAGUAAAGCUGACUGCAGUGCACCCACAGCUGCUGGAGGGGGCAUGGGGGAGGAUCCAUAGAGCGAACACGACCAUCGGGGUGGUGCCACAGACUAUCAAUUUUGUUCAGUUCUGGGGAAUUAGGAGGUCAGGGUAGUACUUGGGAGUCUUGGUCAUGGUUUUCCAACCAAUGUCAGACAUUUCUAGGCGUCUGACAUGUUGCAUUGUCUUGCUGGAAGAUCCCAUCAGCAUGUAGAGGUGUACAUGAUCUGCACGAAAACCUCCCCCAGACUAUAACGCUACCCCCACCGGCUUGUGUUCUCCCAGCAAUGGCUGCAGGGUGUUCCCUCUCUGAUGUUUCUCUCCUGACCUUCAACCUCCAUCCGGUCCAUGAAGCAUAAAAUGUAAUUCAUCAGAGAAGACAACCCUUUACCAAUCAGCGGAGGUCCUAUUCCGAUACUGCUGGGAAAAUUGCAUCUUCGUAGCGGACGUUCCCCUCUCACAUCGCAGUUUCCACGUCGCUUAUUCGCAGUGCUGCCCUUUGUCCGCUUUCCAUACACUUUGACCACAGCAGCAGAGAACAGUUUCAGAAAUACUGACACCCGGGGCCCGAAAGCCAAUAAUCAUCCAUUUCUGCUACUCUGAUAAAUCCCCCUUUUACCCAUGACACAAAGAGAGAUGUGUGUGCAGACAGCUGAUCACACACCCACCAAGCCAGCUCAGCACACCUUUAUAUACCCACCAAGCCAGCUCAGCACACCUUAUAUACCCACUGAGCCAGCUCACCACACCUUUAUAUACCCAACUAUCCAGCUCGGUAGACCUUAUAUCCCCACCGAGCCAGCUCUGCACACCUUAUAUACCCAACGAUCCAGCUCAGCACACCUUUAUAUACCCACCAAGCCAGCUCAGCACACCUUUAUAUACCCACCAAGCCAGCUCAGCACACCUUAUAUACCCACCAAGCCAGCUCACCACACCUUUAUAUACCCAACUACCCAGCUCAGUAGACCUUAUAUCCCCACCGAGCCAGCUCUGCACACCUUAUAUACCCACCGAGCCAGCUCACCACACCUCAUAUAGCCAGCUCAGCACACCUUAUACACCCACCGAGCCAGCUCAGCACACCUUAUACACCCACCGAGCCAGCUCAGCACACCUUAUAUACCCACCGAGCCAGCUCAGCACACCUUAUAUACCCAC